AUGUGCGCCAUGCAGCAAGAGCUCCUAUCGGGGGUUCCCGCUGGAGACGAGAGCGAUGGGAGUGAAGACGACUGGGACAUCAGAUAUUCCCAAAAUCCUGAGCGCAGCAGUUUAAUGAAGUGCGAUGAAAUGUUUCAGACAGAUAUUUGUGUCCCUGCACCGGAGGAAGACAGGACGUCUGCUUUGAAGCGUGCCAUCAGUAAUGGAGAUGUCCAAUCUGUUGAGCGGUUGCUGGACGAUGGUGUGGACGUGGAGAGCCGCCUGGGCUUUGAGUGGACCCCGCUGCUCUGCGCCGCCCAUGUGGCCAAUCACGACCUGGCGAAGCUCCUGCUGGACCGCGGGGCCAACGCCAACUUCAGCAGAGAUCACUUCACGGUGCUGAUGGCGGCCUGCACGGCCACGGCGUCCGAGGACAGGAUUGCCCGGUGUGUGGAGCUGCUGCUGUCCCGCAACGCCAACCCCAACACCCACAACAAUACUCACAUGACCCCUCUGAUGCUGGCAGCCCGGGACGGCUACAGUCAGGUGAUCACCCUGCUGGUUUCCCACGGAGCCCAGCUCAACUCCCAGGAUUCCAAUGGGUACACGGCGUUGGCUUUGGCUGUUCUGUAUGGGAGAGAGGAGGCUGUCAUGAAGCUGCUGCAGCUUGGAGCCGACAAAACCAUCAAGACCAAAUCGGGGAAGAGCGUGACUGAGCUGGCCAGCAUGCACAAACACACACAGAUCUCCAGAAUCCUGGCUGCCCCCAGAGACCCCCGCAUGACUGAAGACACACCCUCCAAGGAGGAGACGCUCUGCAAAUUCUUUAAAUGGGAGCCUGACCCACCUGCCGCCACCACAGACAGUUCUGCCAAACUCAGCGAUAUCGAGCUGCUUCUCCAUGGCCUCGGCCUGGAUCACCUGUCUGACAUCAUGCUUGACAAUGACAUCAGCUGGAGCUGCCUGUUGGCGAUGGAGAGAGAGGACCUGGAAAAGAUCGGUGUCAGCAGCCCUGAGGAUCAGUGCAGGAUCCUGAGUGCCGUGCAGCAGAUGCAGCUGGACACAGUGGACCUGCACACCUUCACCCAGCUGGACAACAUCGGCAGCAGUGGUGAUGAGCUGUAUAGCUUUCUGAUCAGCCUGCGGCAGCAGUGCUGCUACCUAACGGAGGUGGUGCAGGACGUCAUCGGCAGGUUCCCCCAGAGCGCCUCCGAGCUGGUUCUCUCCUGGGACCCCCGGCAGGAGUCGCAGGCCAUCUGUAAUGACCUGGUGCUACAAACCAGCAAUCUGCAGAGAGAGAUCACCUGCCUCAAAAACCUCCUGGCCCAGAUGAACGCGUCCGGAGACCCGCGUGUUCUGCCCCUGCCCGGUUCCCACGGCGGCUGGAAGCGAGCAGCGCUGAAGACGCUGGCGCUGAGCAUGCUGGGAGCUGGCCUGCUGCUGCUGCUCUCCCGGGCGAACAGCCCCGCGCUCUUCAUAGACGCCGUCUGCCUUUCUUGUUUUCGCUUUGCUCCAUGA